AUGUUUUUUCCUCGAGCUUUUACCGCUCUAUCGACGUCGCUUGCAAGCAUUCCGCUUCUUGCGACAUGUUCUUUGCCAACUCUCAAUGCUCUUGUGUCGGAGUCGAAUGCGGAUGCCACCAGCUUGACCGAAGGAUCGGAGUUUUAUGGUUUUCAACUUGAGGAGGCUGGAUAUCUGGACUCUCGGGGACUGCCUGCCUCCUGCAUAAAUGCUCUGACACAGAUGAUCUAUUGCGACGCUUAUGUCUAUGACUUCGGCGGCGAACCCAGAUGGAGAGGAUAUGUUGACACGAACGAGACGACGUAUGAAUCUGUCUGUGAUGCUUCAUGUGGUGCUUCUAUCCGCUCCUACUGGGAUGGUAUCGUCGAGGAGUGUGCUGGCCACAACUUCAGUAGUAAUACGACCAUUACCAUUGGUGCUGGACGUUUGUGGGAGGCAUGGAAUGAGACUUGUUACUAUGACCCAGACAGCGGUCGUAACUGUAAUGAGAUCAUUAACGAUUUCGCUGAAGUCGAUGACAUUGAACAUAUGCCUUAUGAUGAGAUUUGUUCCUACUGCCAAGUCGAGCACUACAGGAUGAUGCAAAACUCUCCAUACUCCGCCUACGACGAAUUCUUCCAGCGCGAGCUUCAAAAAAUCAACGAAAAAUGCGGCUUGGAUAUCCCAACCGACAUCUCUUUUCCUCCGGAACCUCCAAGAGCACUAGACCUUGGCUGCUUCUAUGAGGCUUACAAGAUUCAAGAAGGUGACACAUGUGCUUCCGUUGCCGAGAAGUACAACCUAACAGCAGAGGAUAUUCGCGCAUCAUAUGCUAUGCGAUACGCAGCCGAAAAGUGGCCAGCAGACUGCGAUAACUUCCGGGCGGGUUUAGUGGUGUGCAUCCCGCGGGCGGCGGGAGAAGAUGAAGCGGCUCUUGCUGAUGGAGAGCUGUCGUCUUCUGCGGAUGUUGAGCCUAGCAUUUCUCCCUUGACUUCGACACCUCAGGUUUCGUCCUCGUCGACCAAGACUGCUUCCACUACUGGUAUUCCAGUCAACUCAUCACAAUCGACUGGAAUUAUCUCGAUGGCUACUUCUGAAUCUUCCGGAACCAUCGGAGCGAAGCCUGCAACUCAGACCGCUGGUAGUAGUGCGGAUGCCACUCCCUCUGUCUCUGUAGACCACGUCUCAGCAGCUAGCAUGAUUGGAUUUGGCAGAUCUCAAAUUAUCGCAGUUGCUGCUGCAUUGAUGCUCUGCCACAUAACUGUUUGCGGUCCUGCUGCCAGAUGGAUAGAAGGUGCUCAACUUGCUCGCGAGAUUGGCUGCACUGUAAGAAGUGUCCCUCUUUUUGCAAUCUUCCACCAAGCUGGAGCUUCUGGAAAUGCAUCAAGAACGAUAUGGUCCAAGCGUGGUCGCAAGGUCGCGAAACAAGACGACUGGUACGGCUCGGACGGUCUACCAGAACCAUCACAAUGGGCAUUUGACCGAAAAGAUUCUCCGAGCAUCUCGGGCAAGCAGAAAAUUCCAUCUGAUCGGCGAUAUCCUCCGCACGGAACAUCUAGACCACUGUAUAGUCGAAUUUACUCUCGAGAUAUGUGA